AUGGCAGACAACACACAGAGGCAAAGAGAGUCCAUUUCCCUCACGCCUAUGGCCCACGGCCUGGAGAACAUGGGGGCAGAAUUCCUGGAAAGCAUGGAGGAAGGCCGACUCCCUCACAGUCACUCAAGCCUGCCGGACGGUGAAGGUGGCCUGAACAAAGCAGAGCGGAAGCCCUUCUCCCGAUGGAGGAGUCUGCAGCCGACUGUGCAAGCGAGAAGCUUCUGCAGGGAGCACCGGCAGCUGUUUGGAUGGAUCUGCAAAGGCCUGCUCUCUACUGCAUGUCUUGGCUUCUUGAUGGUCGCCUGCCUCCUGGACCUCCAGAGGGCCCUAGCACUGUUGAUCAUCACCUGUGUGGUUCUCGUCUUUCUGGCCUAUGAUCUGCUAAAGAGGCUUCUGGGGUCCAAGCUGAGGAGGUGUGUGAAGUUUCAAGGCCAUUCUCGCCUGACCCUCUGGCUGAAAAGAGGUCUAGCCCUGGCUGCUGGUGUGGGCCUGAUCUUGUGGCUAUCUCUGGACACCGCCCAGCGGCCUGAACAGCUGGUGUCCUUUGCAGGGAUCUGUGUGUUCCUUGUCCUUCUCUUUGCUGGCUCAAAGCAUCACCGUGCGGUGUCAUGGCGAGCUGUGUCCUGGGGCCUUGGGCUGCAGUUUGUGCUUGGGCUCUUCGUCAUCAGAACAGAACCAGGGUUCAUUGCAUUCCAGUGGCUAGGGGAUCAGAUCCAGGUCUUCCUGAGUUACACCGAGGCCGGCUCCAGCUUCGUCUUCGGAGAGGCUCUGGUGAAGGAUGUCUUUGCCUUUCAGGUUUUGCCCAUUAUCAUCUUCUUCAGCUGCGUCAUGUCAGUUCUGUACUAUCUGGGCCUCAUGCAGUGGGUGAUCCUGAAGAUUGCCUGGUUGAUGCAGGUCACCAUGGGCACCUCAGCCACCGAGACACUGAGUGUGGCGGGAAACAUCUUUGUGAGCCAGACUGAAGCUCCUCUGCUGAUCCGGCCCUAUCUGGCAGACAUGACACUCUCUGAAGUUCACGUUGUCAUGACUGGAGGUUAUGCUACCAUUGCUGGCAGCCUCCUGGGUGCCUACAUCUCCUUUGGGAUCGAUGCUGCUUCCUUAAUCGCAGCCUCUGUCAUGGCCGCCCCUUGUGCGUUGGCUCUCUCCAAGCUGGUCUACCCAGAGGUAGAGGAGUCCAAGUUCCGGAGUAAGGAUGGCGUGAAGUUGACCUAUGGAGACGCUCAGAACCUCUUGGAAGCAGCCAGUGCUGGGGCUGCCAUCUCAGUGAAGGUCGUUGCCAAUAUUGCUGCCAAUCUGAUUGCCUUCCUGGCUGUACUGGCCUUCGUCAAUGCUGCCCUCUCCUGGCUAGGGGACAUGGUGGACAUCCAGGGACUCAGCUUCCAGCUCAUCUGCUCCUACGUCCUGCGGCCUGUGGCCUUCUUGAUGGGUGUGGCCUGGGAGGACUGUCCGGUAGUGGCUGAGCUGCUGGGCAUCAAGUUCUUUCUGAAUGAGUUUGUGGCCUAUCAAGAGCUUUCCCAGUACAAGCAACGACGCCUGGCAGGGGCCGAGGAGUGGCUUGGUGACAAGAAACAGUGGAUCUCUGUCAGAGCAGAAAUCCUGACGACAUAUGCCCUCUGUGGAUUUGCCAACUUCAGCUCCAUCGGCAUCAUGUUGGGAGGCCUGACCUCCCUGGUCCCCCAGCGGAGGAGUGACUUCUCCCAGAUUGUGCUCCGGGCACUGAUCACAGGGGCCUUCGUGUCCCUGCUAAACGCCUGUGUGGCAGGGAUCCUCUAUGUACCCAGGGGGGUCGAGGUGGACUGCAUGUCCCUUUUGAACCAAACUGUCAGCAGCAGCAGCUUUGAGGUUUACCUGUGCUGCCGCCAAGUCUUCCAGAGCACCAGCUCCGAGUUCAGCCAAGUGGCAUUGGACAACUGCUGUCGAUUUUACAACCACACAGUCUGCACGUAG